AUGACAACUCGACUUAUCGUUAAGAGCUUGCCGUCGAAUUGUACAGAGGAGAAGUUAAGGGCGUUUUUCAAAAAAUAUGGCACACUUAGUGAUUGUACACUAAAGUAUACGACGGAAGGAAAAUUCCGGAAAUUCGCCUUUGUUGGCUUUGACAAUGCGGAAAACGCGAAGAAAGCGUUGAAAGAAACGCAUCUCUCUUAUAUGGACUCUUCCCGAUUACAGGUAGAAGAAUGUAAACCUUUCGGUGAUGCAAACAAACCGAGGGCUUGGAGCCAGUAUUCCAAAGACAGCAGUGCAUAUAAGCGAAAGCACGAUGAUGGGUCAACUUUACUCGAAACGGCUGCAGGAGAGCGUACGUUUGGUGGAACUGCUGAGAAGAAAAGGAAGCUCGAUCCUGAAUAUCGCGAUUUUCUGUGGACCCAGGGUAUUAACUGUAACGAGCCUCAGAAGCGUUCUGGUACGGAGAAUGCAGUUGACAGUGAUGAGUUGUUGAAGGAACUGUUGAAAGGAAUCACAGGAGACACCAAGUUAUCCCUGAUAUUCUCUGGUUUGCCUGCCUCAAUAAAGCAAAAGAACCUAAAGGAAUGGCUAACUCCUCUCACUAUUUCAAAAGCGAAGGUGGAGGAUGAAUUUCCUGAUACUACUGCGCACAACAAGGACAACGAGGACAUCCCUGUUAGUAGAGAAACUGAAGAGGGUCGAAUGAUGCACAUAAUUCCUGGAUCAGAGAGGCGUGAAAAACCGUAUGAAAUGAAACCUAGAGAAUAUGAGAAGACGUCGUAUAAAAAAGAGAAAAUCGCUAAGCUGAAGAUCAAUGCAGGGAAGGUUCACUCGUGGAAUUCGUUGUUUCUUGGGCCUAACGCUGUCGCAGACACUCUUGCUGAGAGACUAGGCAUUGGAAAAAGUGAUUUAAUAAAUUCAGAAAUCGGCGAAAGUAGCACAUUAUUCGUCGAAGUCGUCUUUUCCAGUGCUGGCGUUCGGUUAGCACUAGCGGAAACAAAACUUGUUCGUGAAACUCGUGAGUUUUUUAUUGCCAGCGGUGUUUGUCUAGAUGCGUUUUCAAGACCCGCAGCAAACAGAAGCAAUAUGGUUAUAAUAGCCAAAAAUCUACCUGCUAAUGUUAAAGUGGAGGAGUUGCAGCGAAUGUUUGGGAAGUUUGGCGAGGUUGACAAAGUACUCAUGCCUCCCGAAGGUGGCAUUAGUGCAAUUAUUGCCAUGAGUAAUUCCAACGAUGCGAAAAAGGCUUUCCAAGCAUUGGCCUACUCUCGAUUUCACACUCAACCAUUGUAUCUCGAAUGGGCUCCUGGUGACGUAUUCGGCAAGCCUGUUGAAAAGAGACCUGAAGCAACCUGUGAGGUUGACGUCCAAAUUAGCGAAGCUGAAAGAAGUGUAAAGAAGAAAAAUAAGCGGGAGAUGACCUAUGAAGAAAGGAAGCAUGAAAGAAUGAGGAGAAAGAAAGGAAAAGCGGAUGUUCAAGAUGAGAAUGCAAUGGAACCAGAGGUGACUUCGCUGAAUUCUGCCCAACCGUCUUCUAUAGAGGGAAUCAGUGUUGAAGGCGAAAAGAGUAGUGAUCCACAACCAAUUUCGGAAGGUUUUAAUUCCAACGACAGUGAGGCUGUAGAGCCUGGGUCUACAGUUUUCGUUAAGAACCUUUCAUUUGAAACCACCGAUGAGAACCUUGCGAAGCUCUUCAGAGUGAAAUACCGCAUAAAAUUCGCGCAAAUAUCCAAAAAAUUAAAUCCGGCGGAUCCUGGAAAGAGUCUUUCUAUGGGGUUUGGAUUCAUUCAGUUUUACACACAAGACGAAGCACAACGAGCCAUCAAAGAGAUGCAGGGUGAACUACUGGAUGGACAUUGCUUGGAGCUGAAGAUUUCUCAUCGAGAACUUAAUGAUAAGGAUGCGCUUAAACGAAAACUUGUAGCAGCUCUGGAGCAAGGAGAUUGCACGAAGUUACUUAUUCGAAAUAUCCCUUUUCAAGCAAGUAUAAAAGAGAUUGAAAGUCUUUUUUCCUCGUUUGGAGAGGUUAAGAGCAUAAGAAUCCCAAAAAAGAUUGGCAAUCGUAAUCAACACCGUGGAUUUGGUUUUGUCGAUUUCAUAUCGAUCGGUGAAGCUAAACGAGCCUUUGAAGCACUAGUUCACUCAACUCAUAUUUACGGAAGAAGAUUAGUACUGGAGUGGGCAAAACAAGAUGACACGGUACAAGAAAUAAGGGAGAAGACUGCAGAGAAAUUCAGUGGCAAUCGGGCAGCGUUACGAAAACAAAAGAAGCGGAUCGAAGCGAUAGAAAAGGAUUUGGCAGUGAUUGAUGAUGAUUAA